AUGGCGACGGGAUCCAGCUGGAAAAUGGCUCGAGAAGACUUAGUCGAACUGUCGAUCACGGAUGCCACCCAUCUGGCAACGUCUGCCUUGUUGGCUGUGGGAUACAACGAUACGGAUGCCAAUACAAUAUGCUCACAUGUCAUGGACGCUCAGCUGCGAGGCUAUGGUCCUACAGGACUGGCUCGAGUUCUUACCGUUGCUGAUCGUGUCAUGGACAAUCUAGUGGGCAGCGAUGACAUGAUCGUCACUCGUGACCGCCCUGGAUCAGCACAGCUCAACGCCAAAGGAGCCAUAGGGUAUUUGGCAGCUUAUCGGGCCACCCAGAUAGCGAUCGACAAGGCCAAAGUCGGUGGUAUAGGAAUCGUCGGGGUAAGCGACACAUUCUUUGCUGGUAUGCUGUCCUACUAUGCCGAAAUGUGCACGAGGGACGAUCUAGCUGUUAUUAUCGCCGCCAGCGCUGGACCAUGGGUCGCACCCGAAGGCAGCUUCACACCUCGCUUCGGCACAAAUCCCAUGUGUAUAGCGUUCCCUUCGGGUAGAGCGCAGCCUAUCAUCUGGGACAUCGGCACAUCCAAGAUCAUACACGCGCAAAUCAAGCUAGCACAAUUGAUGGACGAGCAACUGCCGGAAGGAACUGCCUACGACAAAGAUGGCGAGCUUACCCAAGAUCCUGUCAAAGGCAUGGAGGGCGCCAUGGCAGUCUGGGGUGGACACAAGGGCAGCGGUCUGGCGGUGGCCAUCCAGUUACUCGGUGCUCUAGCUGGCGCGCCCGCUCAUACGGGACAUUUGGACGGCUGGGGACUUCUCGUUAUUGCCAUAGACCCCGAGAUGUUUAGGCCGAUUGAAGAUUUCAAGAAAGAAGUCGAUACAUAUUCCGACACCAUCAGAUCGAGUCAGCCCUUGAAGGGCAACGGCCCGAUCAGAAUGCCUUUUGAUCGUAGUUGGGAGAUUCGCGAACGUACCAGACAGGGCGGGAUUGUGCAAGUGGAAAAGUCUGUGGUUGACGGUCUGCAAAAAUUGAUAGAUAGAAAAUGAAAGUAAAUUGGCGAAU